GCAGGAUGGACCAUGACGGGCUGGGAGACAGGGAGAGGGGGGUGAGGAACGGCAGGCGCAGGUACGCGGAAGAGGAAGACGAAGAUCACCACUCCAUCUACAUCGGGGUCCCAGAGCCCCGCGGUUACCGUCGGAAACGCCGGCGGAGGCGCUCCACGUCGAGUCGAGACAACGGCGAGGGCGAGCGAGAGAGGCACUACGAGAGAGCGAGGCAGCAGCAGACGCAGCCCUCCGACACGGACGAGGGGGGCAGGGGCCACUCUCCGACCCCUGCCGCCACGGACGACAUCAACCGCACCAUUUCCCCAGCUGCAGAGCGCCUGCGCUAUAUCCUGGGGGAGGAUGAUGAGCUACCAAACCCCACCCUCUUCACAGAGAUGGACACACUGCAGCACGACGGGGAUGAGCUGGAGUGGAAAGAGUCUGCCAGGUGGGUGAAGUUCGAGGAGAAGGUGGAGGAGGGAGGGGAGAGGUGGAGUAAGCCGCACGUCUCCACCCUGUCUCUGCACAGCCUGUUUGAGUUGAGGACCUGUCUACAGACCGGGACCGUCCUGCUGGACCUGGAGGGCUACUCCCUACCACAGAUCAUAGACGAUAUAAUCGAGAAGCAAGUGGAGGACGGGCUGAUCAAGGCUGAGCUCCGGGACAAGAUCAGCUUUGUGUUGCUACGGAAACACCGUCACCAGACCAAGAAGCCUAUCCACCGAUCACUGGCGGACAUGGGCAAGUCCGUCUCCUCCCCCUCCAACCGCAGCCCCAGUCGAAGCCCCAGUGCCGGGGCUAAUCUCCACCGCUCCUCCGAGGACUUGAGAACGAGGCAGGCCGGUAGUUACGGACGCCUACGUCAAGCUCACAGCCGCAGUAUGAAUGAUAUCUCGGACACCCUGAGCACAGACCAGCUGAAGAACAAGUUCAUGAAGAAGAUCCCUCGCGAUGCCGAGGCCUCCAACGUGCUGGUCGGGGAAGUGGAUUUCUUGGACAAGCCCUUUGUGGCGUUCGUCAGGCUGGCACAGGCCACCACACUGGGGGGCCUCACGGAGGUACCCGUGCCCACCAGGUUCCUGUUUGUAUUGCUGGGUCCUCAGGGUAAAGGAAAGUCCUAUAAUGAAAUCGGCAGAGCCAUCGCCACACUCAUGGUGGAUGACCUGUUCAGUGAUGUGGCCUAUAAAGCGCGGGAUCGUGAUGACCUCAUCGCGGGGAUCGAUGAGUUUCUGGAUGAGGUCAUCGUCCUGCCCCCGGGGGAGUGGGACCCCACCAUCCGCAUCGAGCCCCCCAAGAAGAUCCCCUCCGCCGAAAAGAGGAAGUCGGUGUUCUCUCUGAACGAGGCUGGUCAGAUGAACGGCUUGGUGGGCGGGGGGGGCGGGCCCAGUGAUGACGAGGAGAUGCCAGCGCCGCACGAGCUGGGAGAGGAGCUGCAGUGGACUGGGAGGUUCUGUGGAGGUCUGUACCUGGAUUUGAAGCGCAAGCUGCACUGGUUCCCCAGCGAUUUCUACGAUGGGAUUCACAUCCAGUCCAUCUCUGCCAUCCUCUUCAUCUACCUGGGCUGCAUCACCAACGCCAUCACCUUCGGGGGGCUGCUGGGGGAUGCCACCGACAACUAUCAGGGUGUGAUGGAGAGUUUCAUUGGCACAGCAAUGGCUGGAUCAGUCUUUUGUUUCUUUGCUGGGCAGCCUCUCAUCAUCCUCAGCAGCACAGGACCCAUCCUGAUCUUUGAGAAGCUGCUCUUUGACUUCAGCAAGGGCAAUGAUAUUGACUACAUGGAGUUCAGGCUGUGGAUUGGUCUGCACUCCUGCCUGCAGUGUCUCAUCCUGGUCGCCACGGACGCCAGCUUCAUCAUCAAGUACAUCACACGCUUCACCGAGGAAGGCUUCUCCACCCUCAUCUCCUUCAUCUUCAUCUACGACGCCAUCAAGAAGAUGAUCGGAGCCUUCAAGUACUACCCCAUCAACUCGGAGUUCAAGCCGGACUACGUGACUGCGUACAAGUGCGAGUGCGUGGCUCCAGACCCAGUGGCUGCAUUGAUCUUCAAUGGUUCAGCUCCAUUUGCUCCAAACGACACUAAUGUUUCUGUGUACAAUCCUGUCAAUGCCACAGCGCUGGACUGGAGCCAGCUCAGUAAGAAGGAGUGUCUGAAGUACGGAGGCAGUCUGGUGGGUAACACCUGUAAGUACGUGCCUGACCUGGCCCUCAUGUCCUUCAUCCUCUUCUUCGGAACCUACUCCAUGACCGUCUCGCUCAAGAAGUUCAAGUUCAGCCGUUACUUCCCCACCAAGCUCCGUAAACUAAUCAGCGACUUCUCAAUCUUCAUGUCCAUAAUGAUGUUUGUGGGUCUUGAUAUGCUUGUGGGACUGAACACCCCCAAGCUCAUAGUGCCGACAGAGUUCAAGCCGACCCGUGCGGACCGUGGCUGGUUUGUCCUGCCCUUUGGGAAGAACCCCUGGUGGGUGUACGUGGCCAGCGCCGUGCCCGCCCUCCUCGUCACCAUCCUCAUCUUCAUGGACCAGCAGAUCUCUGCAGUCAUCGUCAACCGCAAGGAGCACAAGCUCAAGAAGGGCUGUGGCUACCACAUGGACCUGUUCUGGGUGGGGCUGCUGAUGGCGGCCUGCUCCUUCAUGGGGCUCCCCUGGUACGUCGCUGCCACCGUCAUCUCGAUCGCUCACAUCGACAGCCUGAAGAUGGAGACGGAGUCCAGCGCACCCGGAGAGCAGCCCCAGUUUCUGGGGGUCCGGGAGCAGAGGUUAACUGGGAUCGUUGUGUUCAUCCUGACCGGAGUCUCUAUCUUCCUGGCUCCUAUUCUGCAGUACAUCCCCAUGCCAGUGCUGUACGGAGUCUUCCUCUACAUGGGCGUGGCCUCUCUCAAUGGAAUCCAGUUCUGGGAUCGCUGUAAGCUCUACCUCAUGCCUGCCAAGCACCAGCCGGACUACACCUUCCUCCGUCACGUGCCGCUGCGCCGGGUCCACCUCUUCACCGUGGUGCAGAUCGUCUGCCUCACCGUGCUCUGGGUUCUCAAGUCCACCAUGGCAGCCAUCAUCUUCCCAGUCAUGAUCCUGGGCCUGAUCAUCGUUCGUAAGAUGCUUGACUGGGUCUUCUCUCAGCAUGACCUGGCCUGGCUGGACGAUAUCCUCCCAGAGAAAGACAAGAAGAAGGAGGAGGACAAGAAGAAAAAGAAGAAGAAGAAGAAGAAUGGGAGAGGAGAAGAGGGAGACAGUGAGGACGAGUCUAAACCCCCCGUUCCUGUAAAGAUCCCAAUGGACACCCUGCAGCCUGACCCUGUCAACAGCUCUCCUUCUCCAGGCAGAGAAGGGCCGCCCGCAGUCUAACUGCUCUCCCAGCGAGUCUGAGCUGGAUCGCAGGUACUGUGUCCUGAACAUUCGCGUACCUUACAAUGAAAUGAUGCAGCCAGGCGCGGACCAGCUCAACUGGGGGGGCCACUACCAGUGAGAGGCUGUAACCACCCGGGAUUACAGAACCCACCCCCAACACCCCCCCGCCAUUAAAUUCCAUUGGUAUAGCCCAGUAGGAAUUAAUACCCUUGGAAAAGUUUCCUGUAGUAAAAGCAUAGUGAAAGCAUGGUAAAGCAUAGGUGAACAUUGUACAGAGAGGUAAGGUAAAGCAUAUUAAUAAGCAAACCGGGAUAAACCCUUAUAAAAGUUUCCCACACAGUAAAAGCACAGCAAAGCGUAAUAAAGCACAGUGAAAGCAUAGGGAAGCAUUAGUGAGCAUUGUAAAGCCCUGAAAGGGGAAAGCAUAUUAAAUUAACAUGGGAGACCAUGGUAGACUCUGCUGAGUCACAGGAAAAGCACAGGGAAAACUGCAUAAUAUUACUGUGCAAAUGUUCCGAGGUAAACUGUUGUAAGGGUAGUUACUGAAGUCAGGUAUAUUCCUAGAUCUAACCAGUGGAGGAUCUAGGAAUUGCGUACCAAGGCAGUGAAAAUCUAACAGUCUCUUUACUUUCAGUCUGGAACUGAAGUUUUAGAGACAGUAGAGGGUUGAUUUAGGGGGUGCUUGGAUCCGUUUAGAUCAAUUGGACGCACCCACGCAAGGAUCUUUAUCAGAUUUCAUCCCAAAUUUGUAAAAAAAAAUUACACCAAGAAAAUCUAUGACUUUUCAUGUAUGUAAGUAAAAAUAAUAGAUUUAGAGUAAUGUGGGGCUGUCUGUUUAACAUACUGCUAAAUUCAGGAGCCGAUCUUCAGUUCUAGUUGCCUGUCUUAGUGAUAGAAGCCAAUUCUGACUUAUUUUUGUUUUGCUGGCAAUACCCUAGCUGUGCACUAGAUGGCGCCGGAACAUACUGAAAUUAAGACACUUUGGCCGAUCUAGCCCGCAUUACACACGUCUACGGCACUGUCAACACAAAAUUAUAUAAUCAAGUGCUGAAUUAACUAUUUAGAACAAUUGCCACAUCACAAAACUGUAAGGGAAGAGUAAUGUGAUGUUAAGCUCCUAAUAUAUAAUAGUGCAGCGCUAGCAUUUGUGAUGUUAAUCGGUUGACCCUACCCCUGUUUGCAACAAUGAAAGCUUUUUUGUUGUUGAGGUUGUUUCCAGCAGUCUACUGAACUGAUUUGAUCUGGAAUCGGUCCCCACAGUCGCUGCCCUUCAGCUCCCAGUGCCUGAUCUGUAGCCACACAGCAGCCAGGCUGUCAAACAUGGUUUCUAGGUGGGGCUGCUUCAUCCCAGACAGUUAUUCCAACCAAAUCUCCCCAGUGUGUCUAGUUGUGCUUUGUAAGUUUGCGCUGCUUUCCAGCACAUCAUUGACCACAGGAUUUGUUGUGUUGCUUUGGUCUCAUACCGAAGUUGUCGAGUCUAACGAGUCUAAAGCUUAUUUUCCAGGGAUCGAAAUAAGACGUUCCAGGUUUUAUUAAGAGCUUAAUUAGCCCCAGUGUGUACAGGUAUUAUUAUUAUUUAUUUCUUCGCAGACGCCCUUAUCCAGGGCAACUUACAAUUGUUACAAGAUAUCACUUUAUUUUUAAAUACAAUUACCCAUUUAUCCAGUUGGGUUUUUACUGGAGCAAUCUAGGUAAAGUACCUUGCUCAAGGGUACAGCAGCAGUGUCCCCCACCUGGGAUUGAACCCACGCCCCUCCGGUCAAGAGUCCAGAGCCCUAACCACUACUCCACACUGCUGCCUGGGUAACAAGCUCAGGUGUGUUUUUUUUUAAACUCAUAGUAAAACCUGGAAUGGAUCAAACUGCUAUGCAAAAGGAGUCUUAUUUCCAUCCUUGUUUUCCCUUGCCGCUGUAAUCGUCUCCAUUGACAAUAAGGCUUGUUUAUUUAUCAGAGACCUGUGUGCGGAAUUGAAAGUUACGUGGGAUGCCGAUAGGUCAGAAAACUGAAUUAUUUCCUCAGUGCAGCUAUUUAUUAUUAUUAUUAUUAUUAUUAUUAUUAUUAUAAGUAGUACUAUUAAGUUUGCUCCAAUAUAUAAAAAGCAGGAACAUAGGCCUAUAUAGCAUGCAUUUAAAAAAAAAAAUCAAAUGGUAAUAAUAAUGAAUUAAGUUUUGUCUAUUGUCUGUUAAAAACCUAAUACUGGAUCUUUAUUACUCCAUAAAGUUACCCUUUUUUAAAUCUUUUUUUAUCUCUUCACAUCUUCUCCUAUUCUGAGCCCAUUCCUGCCCUGAGAAUGCUGUAACCCCUUCUCCACACCUGAGAUCCGAAUGAACCUGCUUGCAGAGGGAGGGGAGGGCAGUCACUGGAACAGCACAGUGCUUUACUACCCAUUCUCCACACUGAGAUCCGAAUGAACCUGCUUGCAGAGGGAGGGGAGGGCAGUCACUGGAACAGCACAGUGCUUUACUACCCAUUCUCCACACUGAGAUCCAAAUGAACCUGCUUGCAGAGGGAGGGGAGGGCAGUCACUAGAACAGCACAGUGCUUUACUACCCAUUCUCCACACUGAGAUCCGAAUGAACCUGCUUGCAGAGGGAGGGGAGGGCAGUCACUAGAACAGCACAGUGCUUUACUACCCAUUCUCCACACUGUGACCUGAAUGAACCUGCUUGCAGAGGGAGGGGAGGGCAGUCACUGGAACAGCACAUUCAGAACGGGGUUCAGGGCAGGGGACACCUCAGUAAUCUGUCGUCAGGGAGGAUAAUUUGUCUUGGGAGGGCUCAGCUUUGACAUUGGAAUUUGCAUAUUACAAACACCUGCUUUUAAAUCUGGAUCUGAUUACAGCGUGCAAUAGGCAGGGUCAGCUAGACCGGGUUUGACUUUCUGGCUGCAGUCUAAUAGAGCCCCACAAGAGCAGCUACUGCCUCCCCAGUGUCUGAACAACUACAAAAAAAAAGUUAAAAUUGAAUUUAAAAAAAUAAUUUUCAAACCCAGGAUUUCGAUUUUAAAUAAAUGAAAUGUGAUCAGUCCAGAGCUGACAGUCAAAGAGAAGGAGGGGCGAUACCUUUUAUUGGACUAACUGUGUGGUCCAGGACUGUGGUACAGGAGGCUGUGUGGUCCAGUGGUUAAAGAAAAGGGCUUGUAACCAGGAGGUCCCCGGUUCAAAUCCAACCUCAGCCACUGACUCACUGUGUGACCCUGAGCAAGUCACUUCACCUCCUUGUGCUCCGUCUUUUGGGUGAGACGUAAUUGUAAGUGACUCUGCAGCUGAUGCAUAGUUCACACAUCCUAGUCUCUCUAGGUCGCCUUGGAUAAAGACGUCUGCUAAAUAAACAAAAUUUUAACUAAACAGUAACGAAUCGCCAGCUUUCAAGACCUCAGAGGUCUCUUCUCCUUCAGAGUAGCACAGUGAAAGCAUGGUAAAGCACAGGCCAGCAUUCGGAACAGAAAAUAGGAGGCACUUUUUUUACACAGAGAAUUGUGAGGGUCUGGAACCAACUCUCCAGUAAUGUUGUUGAAGCUGACACCCUGGGAUCCUUCAAGAAGCUGCUUGAUGAGAUUCUGGGAUCAAUAAGCUACUAACAACCAAACGAGCAAGAUGGGCCGAAUGGCCUCCUCUCGUUUGUAAACUUUCUUAUGUUCUUAUUGUAACAUCAAAUCUACUUUUCACCUGAAGAAGACUACCUUUGAGGUCUUGUGAUUUAAUUAAUGUUUAGUUAGUCCAAUAAAAGGCGUCUCCUUCUCUCUUUGUCUGUGAUUUUAAAGUCGAAACGGAAGCCAGGUUUGUUUGGUAGCGGUCUGACUCUCCCCUAGCCCGUACUAACAAGCUUGUUCUGCACUCAAUCCAGCAUCACGCUGCACCUGAAGAUCUCCUGCCCGUCAUCCUCUCCCGCUGUCAAUUACUCACGGAGCUCCAUGUGGGCCGUGCCCCAGGUGAAGAUAGAAAUGGAGUCAGACUACGAAGACACAGACACAGAUAGACAUC